UGACCAGCUUGGAGACUGACGUGCCAGGAGGGGAACGUGGAUCGCUUCGGUGCGACUUUACUGGGAAGAUGAAACCCGAUGAAACACCUAUGUUUGACCCAAGUCUGCUCAAAGAAGUGGACUGGAGUCAGAAUACAGCUACAUUUUCUCCAGCCAUUUCUCCAGUGAAUCCUGGAGAAGGCUUGGUUUUGAGGCCUCUUUGUACUGGCGACUUGAAUAAAGGUUUUUUUAAGUUACUGAGUCAGUUGACAGAGACUGGCGUCGUCAGCCCUGAGCAGUUCAUGAACUCUUUUGAGCACAAGAAGAAGUCUGGGGAUUACUAUGUUACAGUUGUAGAAGAUGUGACCCUAGGACAAAUUGUUGCUACAGCAACUCUGAUCAUAGAACAUAAAUUUAUCCAUUCAUGUGCUAAGAGGGGAAGAAUAGAAGAAGUCGUCAUUAGUGAUGAGUGCAGAGGGAAGCAGUUGGGCGAACUGUUAUUAUCAACUCUCACUUUGCUAAGCAAGAAGCUGAACUGUUACAAGAUCACCCUUGAAUGUCUACCACAAAACGUCGGCUUCUACAAAAAGUUUGGCUAUACAGUAUCUGAAGAAAAGUACAUGUGUCUGAGGAACCAAAAGUAAAGACCACCAUCAAGAUUGCUCCAAGGCUUUCGUGUUCAUUUUUGUUGCUGCAGCCAGUGAACUCCAUACCUGCUAGACUGGAGAACCACUGCAGUGUGCAAUGUAGUAGUGACAAGAGCAUGCCUGUGGCUGCUGGGACUUGCUCUGAGUUAAGAGUACAAAUGAUCACAAAGGGGAUGAUUUUUAACCAAAGGAAUAUAUUUUCAACUUGAAUCUUUUCUUGCAUUGUAUUUUUCUAAAGUUUAUCU